AUGGUUUGCGAUUCUAUCACGUACCACCCAACACUUACAAGACUGAUCAACUUCUUGGAGACAAACAAUGGAAGGGAUAAACUGUUAAGGACGCUCCAAUAUUUGGCCAGAUUGGUUUCUUUCUAUCUUCUAAAGACCGGUUCUGGUGUCAAUAGCUACUAUCUGGCACGCAGAAUUCAGGAUCUUUUUGUGUUAAGUAGAAAGCCCUUGAGAGCUUUCAAACCUUUGAGACAUCUCAAAACAUUGUCAAUCACCCUGGAUAACGAAUUGGAAGACUCCUACACCAAAACCUUGGAAACCGUUAAACAGGCAGGAUACUCUCUUUACUACGGAUUCGACUCCAUCUACUGGCUCAAGCUACUAGGACUUUUGAAAAACAAAAACGGAAAGCUUGUGCGCAAGAUCGAACAGGUUUGCAGCUUCUUCUGGCUCAUAGCUCUUGUUUCUGGGCUGCUUCAGAACCUGCGUCAACUCAGAGUGUCAUACCAUAAAAAACAGGCUCUGCUUAAAGAGCUCACCUCUUCUGAGAACAAAGACCCAUUGGACGAGAAAGUCAACCUUGAAAAACAAAAGGAGACUCUUGAAACGCAAAACACGCUGCUGUCAAGAGCCAAGAGAGAAGCGUUUGUGCGCAUCCUGGACUCCAUUGUUGCUCUCAACAGUUUUGGCUCUGCCCGUAUCAACGACGGCGUUGCUGGCGGAGCAGGAAUCAUCACCAGUGUUCUCCAGUUACAAGAUCUAUGGAAAAACACCAACGUGAAAGAAACAACCGAAAUAUGA